AUGUACCGCCUGGUGCGCCUGGGCCCGCUGUGGCCGCCGGCGGUGCUGCGCAGCCCCCCGCGCCGCCUCCCGCUCGUCCCCGUCCCCCGCGUCUUGGGCUGCGGCCCCCGCCUCGCCUGGACUGGUCUGAGCCCGCCGCUGCCCCUUGUAACGUUGCGAUCCGCCGCCGGCACCUCCGCUAAGGAUGCAAGUGUAUCCCCCGAAAAGGCAGCCACGGAUCCCAGUGGUGAAAACAAGAAACUCAACAAAUCCCAGCAACUGAAACAAGUUUUUAAAGAAUAUGGUGCUGUAGGGGUUUCAUUCCAUGUUGGAAUUUCAUUAGUAUCUCUAGGAAUCUUCUACCUGGCUGUGUCAAGUGGUGUGGAUAUGACUGCAGUCCUCUUCAAACUUGGUUUCAAUGAAUCAUCGUUGCAAUCUAAAAUGGCUGCUGGUACAAGUACAUUUGUGUUGGCAUAUGCUAUUCACAAAUUGUUUGCUCCAGUACGAAUCAGCAUUACUAUAGUUUCUGUGCCAUUUAUUGUCCGAUACUGCCGGAAGAUUGGUUUCUUCAAACCUCCUACCCCAAAUCCAUGAUGAUUUCUUAUUGGUUUUUACUCUGUUUUUUAAAUGCUCUAUAUCCGUGUAGCUUUUCAGAUUGCUAAAUGUCUUUAAAAGACUUAUUUGGAUUCAUGUUAAUGCUGACCUCCUCUUGCAUUUCCUACUUGUUCUUUCAGGUAAAUGUUACACUGUGAAAAGUGCUGUCUUUAUCUUCUUUCCCUUUUGCCGCCUCUUCUUGGGAAAAACACAUUGAAAUGGUAUCUGGUUUCCACUGUAAGUGGUAAUAUAAAUGCUUGACAAUGAGCAGUCUCUUUAGAACACACAGCUCUGGGUCUUUAUAAUCUAGCUUUUUGAGCCUUAAUUUUUUUUGUGUCAAAAUAGAGUGGCAGCAUUUGUUUAUUACUGUGUAGUUGGGAAACAAAGUAAGAUUCUCUUCCUAAUAGUCUGUGGAAUAAACAAUAUCCUACUAUAUGAAUAGUUCUUUUGGUAAGUGUAUGUAUAGGAAUCUAAGGUUGUAAGCAGGUGUUUCUUUUGUUAUAAAAGGCAUAUAUUUUGACCCCAGUCUUGCAAUACAACACACAUGCUUAAUUAUUACACGGUGAUAAUUGUUUUAGCCAGAAUAGGUGAUGCACUGUUCUGAAACUACAGCUCCUUUGUGGUGCUUCCAUGUUUCAAGAUUUUAUUGUUUGAAGAUGUGCUUUAUUUAUAGGCUAAGAACUGGCCUUACUGAAAGUCCUUUUUUAUAAUUUUUAUGCCUAUAGACUCAGACUGAAUCCUGAGUCUACUGAAAUCAGUAUAACCAGAAUUACCUCCUUUGUGAACAUAUUCCAAAGAUCAAGUCAGAGGCAAGGUAUCUGUGGGUGUGUAACAUAUUGACAUCUGGCUUUGUACUGGAGACACAUUUUUAUCUGAAAACUAACCCUAGCAGCUUUCUGCUCCUGUGGGUGAAACUGAAGUCUGCACCUGAAGUCCAGACAUCCCAGGAAUUGCUCCUGAGAAGCUAUGAACUGUACUUUUGUCUGACAGACUGUUGAAUGUACCAGUGAGAGGUGCUUUUCCUUUCCUUAUGUGGACACUGUUCUUAUUAGAAUGUAGUUGCACAUACAUAUAUUCACAUACCACUUUUCAGUUAACCUAAAAGACUGGAUCCCAAAACCAUGUAGUCAAUCUAAUGUUCUGUGGUAAACCUGGGUUUCAGAUUUAGGACAGUGCUUCUGUGAGAGAGCUGGUGGUCUUUUGGACCUGUUCCUCCUUCCAGGUCUGUUCUUUUUACAUUGUCUUUCUCUGUCCUUGUGCUUACUAACUCCUUUCCCAUUCAGAAAGUCCAACCCAUAGGUUGGUUGAAAGGUCUGAGGAUCCUCAGCCUCACAAGUGAGCAAGCAGCUUGUGCUCUGGGAGGAUGAGUUGCAGCCACAUAUGUCUUUGUACCUCUGAUUUACUCUUACAGUAAGUCUUACUUGGCUUGUCUUUUCUCCUGUUCAGAGAAGCUUUUCUGUGUUGUUUUUUUUUCCCCUACAUGCCCUCUCUUUGUAUCAGUUUAGGGCAAUGUUCUGUUACUAAGGAUAACAAAAGAAUUCCAGAUAAUCACAAGGCAUCCUUGUUUCCUUCAUUUAAUCAGUCAUUUCUGAUAAGUAUGUUUGUCCUACAGUUGAUAGAGGAAUAUUCAAGCUUUUUCUUUUUCAAAAAAAAAAGGUUUCUGUAAAGCAAGAAUCAUUUAAAGCAAAUGCACCUAGAAGUUAAAGUCACCAGCACUAGAGAUUUUCUUGCAGUAAAGAAACACAGCUUCAUUUAAAUUAUGACCAGAAUUCAGAUUACCUAUGAAGAUAAAUAUGGUUGUAUAAACUACUGGUAAUUUGUUUGUUUAGAUGAAGUUUUUUUGCAAAGUAUAUUUUAAAUUAAUAUUUUGAAUUCUAGAAUCCUUGCUUGUAAAAGGAUCAUUUUUUA